CUCUUUCCAUUUUGUCCGUCGUUGGUCUGGGGCCUUGGGGAGGAGUGAUCUCCAUGUUGGUUAAGUUCCCGGCCUGUCAGCUAGAGAAGGACAUGUCCUGGGUUAUUUCGAUCCAUUUGGUGUACGCUUAAUUCCGUGGCCCUCUGAGGAACUCAGGCUUAGUGGUUGCCCGUUAUUGGUUGUAUCAGCUCUUCCUGUGUGUAGUUUGAGUGAAUAGGAAAUCUGCUCUUGCCGCGACAUGAAUGAGCAUCCAAAGAAAAGAAAAAGGAAGACUUCUUUCCCAUCACGAUAUGCUGGGCAGGGUUCCGCUGUUCCUCCUCCUGAUGUUGCUGGUCCGGUGAAAACUACAGAAAACAAUGGAAUAUUCUUUGACCACUGUUACAGUGUCUGUCCAAUAGUACAAGUGGAUCCCAAACCUCAAGAGAUUGAAGAAGAACUCAGUGUUAAUGGAGACAUCACAGAUGUUUGUGAUUCCCCAACAAUAAUACCUCAGCCAGUUCAUGAAGAUGUAAUUGUAGAGGUUCUCACAGAAGAGGCAGAGAGUGUUCCAUCACCUGCCAUUGAAGAGGAAAUAAAAGAUAUCCCACUUCAGAUGAAUGAAAGUCCUGAAAACAGUCCAUCUUCCAAUCUGACCACUCCACAAAAGUGGCCCUUACUGAGGGCCAACAGUAGCGGCCUAUUUCGAUGUGAGCAGUGUGAUUACAACAGCAAGUAUUUCUCUGAUUUAAAGCAGCACAUGAUUUUGAAACACAAGUGCGCAGAGUCUCACAUCUGCAAGGUGUGCAAGCAAACCUUCUUGAGUGAGGAGUUACUACUGGAACAUGGGAAGCUGCAUGAGGAGGAGGAGGAGUUAGUCUGUAAACACUGCGACUACAAGACCAGUUCCUUUGAAAGCCUUAAUCAGCAUGUGGCAGAUGCUCACUUCAAUGACUUCCUGUACUGGUGUGAGCAAUGUGACUUGCAGUUUUGUACAAGUAGUGAACUUUACCUUCACUUCCAAGAGCAUAGCUGUGACGAACAAUACUUGUGUCAGUUCUGUGAGCAUGAGACCAAUGAUCCAGAAGAUCUGCACAGCCAUGUUGUUAAUGAACACACGUGCCGGCUAAUAGAACUGAGCGACGCCUAUAACAACGGAGAACAUGGGCAGUUCAGCCUUUUAAACAAAAUUAGCUUUGAUAAAUCCAAAAACUUUUUUGUUUGCCAAGUGUGUGGGUUCAGCAGUCGGCUCCAUACUAAUGUGAAUAGGCAUGUAGCGAUUGAACACACACGAUUUUUCCCUCAUGUUUGUGAUGAUUGUGGGAAAGGCUUUUCUGGCAUGUUAGAAUACAGUCAGCAUUUAAAUUUGCAUUCCUCUGAAGGGGUCUAUUUGUGCCAGUAUUGUGAGUAUUCGACUGGUCAACUUGAAGAUCUGAAAACUCACUUAGAUUUCAGGCAUUCUACAGAUAUGCCCCAUAAAUGCAGGAAAUGCCUACUGAGGUUUGGAUCAGAAGAAAAACUUAAUAGUCAUCUUCUGUCUCAUGAAAAAGAUUAAUUGUCUAAGGAUAUGCUCCUUUGAUGGAACUGCUGCUCCAAAGUAAUGGUUUCUGGAGUCAGCUAAAGAUGCAUUCUUGUGCACAUGUAUCUAUAUUUAAAUCUAUCUUAAAACCUGCCACUGGUAUUCAAGCCAGUGUCCUUGGUGUAUUGUAGUUCUUAUUCCAAGCAAAAAACUGAAUGUCAUUGUGUUCAUUUGUCUGACUUCCCUUGGAAGUGUAAUGAUAAACAGUAUCCGGUUGUAAACACUCCUGUCUUUUUAGUUGUUUAAAUAGCUUAAGUAAGGUAAGAAACGUAAAAUUAAAAAAAAAAAGCAUUUUGUGAUUGUAUUUAUGGAUAAUACUGAUCUACUUUGUAUUAUCAGUGGAUUUGAUUUGCAAACAAGCCAACUGUUUGAUAUUGUGUAUGAUUGCAAUGCAGAUCUGAUAAACAGGUUUUAAAGAAUAA